AUGCAGAUGUCACAAACAAUGGCAUUUGGAUCCUCUAAUCUGAAAUAUUCUGGGUCAUUAUUGAUGGCAACUUUGCCAAAUGUUCCAAAAUAUUCUGAUUCUUUUAAAGCCUCUGAUAAGCUGGGCAAGAGGAAGACUCACAGCAAAGAUGAUGUUUGUGCAGUGCAGACACCAGGCAGUCCGAAGCCGUGGCUUCUGUCUUCUCUUGUUUUGUGUCUGUGUUUUCCUCAUUCUUUAUCCUCCUCCACUCUUCCUGGGAGGGUGGGCUGUUACCGCAGGGGCUUCUGGACUGCCCCUCUACCUGCCGGACCAAGCCCUGUGUUGUCACUGCAGACCUGA